AUGUCAACAGCUGAAAUUCACAUUGCUAUCAUAGGCGGCGGCCUAUGCGGGCUUGCCUUGGCAAUCGCACUGGAAAGACGACGAAUCUCAUACACAAUCUAUGAGCUGCAAUCAACGUUUUCUGAAAUAGGAGCUGGGCUUAACGUCGCGCCGAACGCGAUAGCCGCGUUCAACGCUAUUGAACCGAAGCUUGGCGAUGCAGUGAUGGCACUCGGUACUCGGAACUCUCCCAAUGCCGAAGUGUGGAUGGUGAACAGACUAGGCGCGCCUACGGACCGGUUUCCGGACGCACAUGCGAUUACAGAGAUUAUCGCGCCGGGGGUUGGUCACACGGCCGUCGGCCGUUAUGAGCUGCUGAACCUGCUGGCAUCUAAGAUUGACACGAGGCACGCGAGGUUUCGGAAGAAGCUCACGCGAGUGGAACAGGGCGAAGAUGCAGCGACACUGCAUUUCGAGGACGGCACGGUAGACGCUGCACACAUAGUCAUUGGCUGCGAUGGAAUACAUUCUGCAGUGCGGCGGUCUCUAGUCGGCAACGAUCACCGGGCAGCUGAACCACGCUUCACUGGCAUUGGCGGCUACCGGGCUGUCUUCCCCAUGGACCAGCUUGCGGAAGCUAUUGGCCCUGAAGUCGCACGCACGAGCUGCAUCUGGAGCGGCCCAGGUGGGUACGCUACCAUGUAUUCCAUCGAAGGCGGAAAGAAGGUAAAUGUGGGCCUCUGGCUCUCGAAAGAGCAGUAUCGCGAGCGAGUCAAGAACGAUCGAUGGGUGUUGCGCAAGCAGAAGGCGGAAAUGCUCGAGGACUGCAGGUCCUGGGGUCCUUCUAUACAGAAGGUGAUGAGAAUGAUGGGCGAGGAGACAACCCUUUGGACAUCGCAUCACCAUGACAUGGAGCUAGACUCGUACUUCAAGGGCCGGGUAUGCGUUAUCGGCGAUGCGGCCCAUUCGAUGGGUCCUCAUCAGGGCCAAGGCGCCUCACAGGCAAUGGAGGACGCAUAUGUGAUGUCUGUUGUGUUGUCACAGAUCAAAGACCCAUCAUGUGACCAUAUGUCCCCGCUACUCUGCAUAGAGGCUGCGUUCAGCGGAUGGCAGGAAGUGAGAAAGCCACAGGCGGAAUGGGUUUUGAGAACAAGCCAUGAAGCCUUCGACUGGUGGUCCAGCUUCUGGCGUCGCGACCUCGAGGAGAAAGACAUCGAAGAGCGCUCAAGAGAGGCGACGUUCAGAUUCAGGAGGAUCUGGGAUGCUAAUGUCGACCGACAAGGUGACGUGGCCAAGUAUUCAAUGUUGAGAUCAUUGCAGAAGGCAAUGCAGGUUGCCCUAUGA